UAUAGCUUGGCUUACAGCUUGUCAUAGAGGAGGGCUUAUCUCUACACCAGAAGAGACUGUGAAAACAAUGGCUUCUGGAAAGUUGGGUGUUUGUGAAGACCACUUUGAACAAGACUGUUUUGAGUGUACAGGAAUACUAAAAUCCGAUGCUGUCCCCAAACCUCCUGAAGGAUUUAUUGUUGACUUUAUUAGAAGAUCAAUAGCAUUUUCGGACCCCUCAGAUUCUACAGUAGCAGAAGCAUUUUUUAUAAAUGAUCAAGGUAGAAAGAUAUUGCCAUCAACUUCCUCUGGAAUUUGUUCUUACAGAAAUUGUACUAGUAAGGUGUCGGCAGAAAACCCAUUUUUCAGUUUUCCAGUAGAUCCAAUAAG